CUAGUGCGCGGACUCUACCAUUCAUUCUCACUACGCCUCUGUUUGGCUUACAUGUUGCUUUCAGUCCAGGAUGUGUAUUGUGUGAACGAAUGGAUUGCGUACAGUCCAGAUGGAUCAGGCUGAUUGGACUAACAUGUACAUGAGUCCUGACCAACAUGGCCCAUUGGGAUAGUUUGAGUAGCAUGGACGCUUUACCUGGAGCAGGCGACUGCUCCCCUACAGUUCCUGAGUCAGAACUGUACCGAAGCCUCCAGGCUGUGCUGCCCCGUUGUACCGAUCAGCAGCAGGGCCCAGACUGGUGUAACAAAGGAAUGCUGAGAUGGACACUUCAUAAGAAGGUUCAAAACAACCCUGCUAACAGCUUAUCUCUGCUGUGGGUGCUGAUAAAGGAGCUGGAAAAGGCGGAAAGAUGGGACUCUCGCAAAUCCAUCAUUCCUCUGCUCCACACAUUGAUGCACGCCAUCAUUCAGACAGCCUACAUCCCAGAUGAGCUGUACAAACGUGUGUAUGACUUCUGUAAGCGGCUACUGACCUAUCCUCAGCCUUAUUGCACCGUGGGCCUCAGCUAUACAAGACAAAUAAAAACAGAACGCUUCAUUCCAGGCCUGAUGUACCAGAGGAUGAUCACAGCAGAGCAGAAGCUAAAAAAUGAGCACUAUCCUUUUCAAGAGAGGGUUUUUGUGUUAGCCGAUCCAGAGGUCUUCUCUGGUUCCUUGAUACCCACCAUAGCGGAGGACUUUGAAGUGUCUGCCUCGGGUUCGACUGGAUUCCAGAGUCCGCUAGAACACAUGCGCAGCGUGGUUCAGCACACCAUACAGGCGGCUUUAGGACCACAGCAAUGCCACGGUCCAAAACUGGCUCAGGCACUCAGGGACAUGGGCCAAGAAGUGGAGCCAUACUUUCAGGAAGUAUUGGCAACUCUGGAGCAGUGCGUGGAGGAUGGCUACAGAGGAGAAGGGGGAAUACUGAACAGCCGUCUUCAGCAGCUGUACAACGAAAUUGUCUCUGAUUCUGAUGCAGAGCCUGUGUGUGGAGGACCAAUGUGUGACUGCCCGAUUCCCAACCCUGAGAUGAGCUUCUACCUGUGGACUGAAGAUCUAGAUAUCUGGCGGGAGCUGGCCAAGUGGUUCCGAUCCAGCAGCGUGUCAGAACACUUCUCCUUCAGCCAGGAACAGGAGGACUUUGAGCUCGGCGAAUCACCAUUCACUCCAGGGGACAUGCCUCGCUUCUCUAUUAUGUCCAACGACAGUGGCAUUGAAAAGGACUUGCCCCCCAGUUCGGAUUUCUCUGGGUCAACUUCACUGGACAACCCUUGUAUUGUUUCAGAGUGGGAACAGUGCAAAAGUGAGCAAGAGUCGAGUAGGCUGUCACGGAGACGAGGCAUCAAACUGAAACCGACGGCUAAGGACGGUAUGGCGCUCAUGCAAGACACACUGGAGGACAACCCAAGUGCAUCAGGUGGAGGAGGUCCAGGGACGGGAGGAAGGAGAGCAGCCACUCUGCAGAGGCGAGCAGGGACGAGCAUGAUGGAGAACCACUUCCCCAAGCAGCAGCGACACUUUAUCGCAAAGAUUGUAGUUAUGGGAGAUGACAGAAUAGUGGGUCGCCUGGCUAAGGCUUAUUACGUCUACAGAAAGCGAGAAGCACGGCGGCUUUUUCUUACAAUGAAAGUCAGUCUCCAGUUCUACUACAUUCCUGUUUGCCCUGCUCAGCUGCCAGUCUCUCCGGUUACGGUAAACCUCAGUCAGUCCACGGGGGAUUCCUGCACUCUUGGUUCCUAUUUGAGCAAUGUGGAUCCAUGGUACAACAGCAACAUCAACAGUUUGGGAUGCAUGAUUCAUAAACUGGCUAAAUUGCAAGAAAUGAAUCCUGAGAGACCCACAGACCCAUUCAUCUCUGACGUCAUUGCUUACUACAUACGCAGCGGCCAGCAGCCUGUCUACUUCACCAUCUAUUUUGUAAAGAUUAUAUUCAACAGCAUGACAAAGGAUCCAGUGGAAGAUGUGUUCCUUACUAACCUGGAAAUAGAGUUCCCAGAAUUCAGACAUAUUGCAGCUUCAAUGAAAGAUAAACACAAGAAGAGCGCUGGCUCGGGGGAAGUUUGUGGAGCUGUUAUCUCUAUGAAUUACAAAAAGAUGACAUUAAGUGGGCGGGAUGUUGAUGUAGGAAUUUCAGCGCGAACAACAGGCGCUCAGAUUAAUGCCAUUCCCUCCUGCGAAGCAGAAGAUCUGAACUGUUUGACUCUAACACUGAAUGAAGCUCCAUCAAAGACAAAAGGCUCGAGUGGGGAAUCAAAGAUUCGAACAAGCAAUAUUAAGAUUCGUACCUUGGAGAGGCGAUCGUUUACUCUCACCCUGGACAAAGACAGUCGGAGGAUUUACAAACAUGUGCAGAGCAUCGAGAUCUCUCCCUGUCUGGAUCCUGGCUACUGCGUGCAGAAAUACAUGGGGUCUAAAUUCUGCACUGACGGAGCUAAAGAUGCUGGACUGAGCAAAUACAUGAGCAAAACUCUUCCUCUGCCAGUCAAUACAUUUGCUGGCAUUAUCAACUGAUGUGUCAAAGUUACCCAACUCAUCAUCAAGGAGUAACGCUAUUCUCACUUUGCUUAGUGAGUGGGAAUGAUGAUCGUCUUCCCAAUCUGAUCUUCAAAGAACAACAGCAAAAGAAAAAACGGUUACCUUUCAGACCUAAUGAGCUGCUCCUGGGCCCAAAGUGUUUCACAUCUGCCACUUUGUUCUUACUGACAUUGAUUGAGAAAGACAUUUUUUUUUUACAAUUCAGAAGUAACUUAAGCACCAAUAUGAUCAAAUUCUGCAAGUGACUGCCUCAUCAAGUCCACUGGUUUUACAGUGUUAAGAAGUUUUAUCAUGCUGCAAGAUGGGAUUGACCUAGAUCAGCAUUGUGCUCUUCAUGAAAAACCUGCUGUGCACACUUUAAUGAUCACAGAUAUUCAUUACAUUUAACUGUGCCUAAUACCAAUUAUCAAUAUUGUCCAGAGAGACCAGCAGAGAAAAUUAAGUAAGCAAAUAUACAUUGAUCAGCCACAAUAAAACCACUUGUAUUUAGAAGUGCAGGGUUUGGCCAUCAUGCAUUGUCCUUGUUCUAGAGAUGGGAACCUAGUUUGCAGAUUAGGGAGCAUUUUCAGCAGUCCUGCUUAGUCCACUUUUUAUUCAACCUCUAGUUUUUUGCGUAGAAAAUCUGGUUUGUUUAGCAAGGAAUGCAUCAAACUCUAAUGCAGACCAAAAAAGCUUUUGUUUUGGUUGGUUAAAAACAACCAAAACAGUUGUGUGAAUCUAGUGCUAGUGGGAGAAACGGCUAGUGGUCUUUUACCAAAAACAAAAGAGAGAGAUCCUACAACCCCUAAAAUCUGACGCCAUUCCAUUUUUGAUUUAAUUUUGUGAAGAAGGAAGUUGCACUCAUGCCUUCUUCAGAGGUUUUUCUGUUGUCUCCUUCAGUAGUUCUUGGUGCAGCGCCACCACAGGUGAGGGAGGGAACAAAGGAUUUGGUUCAUUUGACACAGUUCAUUAUAAAAGCAAACCACCGUCAAUAAUCUCUGACAAAACAUUAUCCUAUUAAAUUGUGUGUUUGAAUCGUUUACCAGGGAUGUUCAUGAACUGUUAGCUGCUAACAGCCUGUUCAUGGUUGUUGUAUCAUUGUAAUAAUGACCACAAUCAAAUUGAGAUUUCUAUGAAUUGACUUUGGAUCAUUUUAGAACAAGAAAAAAUUUACUUACCUCUGAAAUCUUCUUCUCUUCUGGAUAAAGUAGGCUCAUUAUGAAGACUUUUACAUUUAUUUAAAAAAAAUAAUAGCACUUCCUAGUUAAUUAAUCCAGACAUUCAACGUGAUCGUGAUGAGAAAAUGUUAAUUUCAGUCAUCGGACUUGAGACUUCACUUGAACUCGCAAUGAAGAAAUGAGACAUAACUUGGACUUGAGGGAAAACGAUCUAACAUCUGUGUUUGGCACUUUGACGUUUUUCUUGGUAUUCUUCUAAACAGUGUUAUAUGACGUGUCCUGCUGUUUACUAUGGCAUCAUGACGGUCCUUAAGAGUACCGACGUUAAUCAGUUUUCAUUGCCUGUCAGAGGUUUAGUUUUGUGGCUGAUCAGUGUUUGUAUUUCAGUGCAUGAAAAAAUGUAUCAGUUAGUAAUUUGGAAGUUGUAAUAAAUCUGCGGGGAACAUGGUUUAUGAAGGCAUCACAAAAUGCAGAAGAUUUGAAGAGCUGAUCUUAACGCUUACUUUACUCCUAUUUACACACUACCGUCAAACCUUCUUCCUGACCCCCACAGACACACACACAGAUACAAGAACGCACUCUCAGCUGACCAGCCACCUGCUGGAACAUCGCUCUUACUGCUCUUAUCUCUUCUGAUGCUCAGGAUCUUUAUUACGUCUACCAUUCAAACCAUCUAGACCUGUCUUAUCUGCUACAUAAUGUACACUCUAUUCAAGGUGAAAUGACUGACAUUAGCCUUUAUUUUGAUUGUAGACAUUUUCCACAACCACCUAACAUAACAUGGUGAGACUAGAAGCAUGAGCAUCGUCAGGAAUUACUCAGGAGAGAAGCAACUAUUAAUUAUAAUCAGAUUAAUAGUUAGGAAGGUGCUGUUAGACCUCUGAUUUACCCUCUUAUAAGGCAAUAUGCACUAACUACAGGGACAGUUUUUUAGGGUUGCAUACCUGAAAUAACACAGACGUGUUAUAACCUGUGCAUAAACACAAGUAAAAAAUCUUGCAGCAUUGAAGUGGACCUGCUAUACAUUAAAUGGUAUAUUUUAGUGUUUAAAUUUUAUGUUGCACUAAAUUAGCAUUUUUUUAAGCUGUGUAAAGUAUAUAUUUAAAGCAUAAAAUAAGACUUGUAAUUACUGUGAAAUAUCCUAUUGAUGCAUAAUCACCAUUUGAUAUCUCUCAGCUUAGCGAGGGAAAAUGAUGAUCUGACACAACUACUGGUUUUGUUUUUCAUGGCAAAUGUAAAAGUGAAGCGAAGGUUGUAUUUAAAGGUUAUUAAUGGUUAGUUACCUGCAGCAGCAAGCUGUUUGACCCUCUAGAUUUGAAAUUGAAGCUAACAGCUUGUUAAAGAUGUGCUAAGACCUAAGUGGACUUCUAGCGUCUUAAAACAACCCCAGUCUCAAAAAUGCCAUAGCAAUUUUAGUACACUGGGUAGUUAUUGUUACUGAUGCUGAUGACUAAAUAUAGAGGAAACAGCAAUAGGAAGUGCUACACCACCAUCAAUAAACUACUGAGAACAGGACAUAAAAACUGUUUCUGAUGAAGGCCUAGCUGAUGUGAAGCUAAGCAAUGUUUGAACCCAAACCUUUAUGGCAGAUUAAAAUUUGUUUUCAUUCAUUUUUAUACUUCUGUAACUUAAAAUUAGUUGUCAUUUUGGGUUUUAAAUGUUACAUUUUCUGUCAAAAAAGAUCAUGGUUUGUGCACUUCCUCUUACUUCGAAUCAUUGGGUUUUGUGUAGAUAAUGGCUCAGUAUAUGAGUAUGAUGUGAUGAACACAUUUAUUGAAAUGUCAAAUCUAUUGACUGCUGUAAUAUUUUUGAGAUUGGAAGGUUUUUUUAGAUGUUUCAAAUCUGCUUUGCUCUUGGUUUCUCACGGCUUACUAGAUUUAGAUACCAGGUAGCAUAUUAACGUCUUUUCCAUUUUUAACAGAAUUUCACUUU